GGAAGCAGUCUCAACUUAUUUUACUCGUGGCUGCUGUCAACAGGCAUUCACAAUUCUGCAGUCUGAGAUUGAGAGAAUGGAGAAACAACUUCAUCUCUUAAUGAAUGUCGAAACCGUCAACAUUCUGCAGUCUGAGUUCGAGAGAAUGGACAAACGACUUCUCGAAGUCCUCGACAUUUUGAAAACCCAGAGGUCAGCCAACUUGCCUACGAAAUGGACAUUUGACCCAUUCACAACCCAUGGCGCACUGGUGGGAGCCGAGGCUUCUUUGGAAGAGCUCAAGCAAAUCUUGCUGGUACCCAGUCUGCCAGGAGGUCCAGCAGUCGUGUGCCUCCAUGGGAUGGGAGGUGUGGGCAAGACAACACUUGCAAUGCAAAUUCAUGAUAGUGAUGAGAUGAGGUCUAAGUUUCGUGAUAAGAUAAUGUACGUAGCUUGUGGCGAGGCACGAACUCGCCCCGAGAUUAUUGGCAUGGUGUACAGGCAAUGGAGGACGCAGACAGGUGCUGACCACAGGGAGCUGGAUGAAGCCGAGAAGAAGUGUGCAUUUCUAAAGAGAAAAAUGAAGGAUGAGAGAUUUCUCAUGGUUUUUGAUGAUGCGUGCCAAAGUGACCAAAUUGAUUGGAUUCGCGAGGUUUUCCCUGAGAAUUGUAGAGUCAUCGUCACAACAAGGAACAGGGAAGUUGUGCAAAUCCCUGGGACAAAAUGCUUCCAUGUCGAACCGUUGAGGGAGGGUGAAUCUUUCAGAUUGUUCUGUCAUUUUGCCUUUGGGAGGCAGGUCUCUCCCCCUGACCUUGACGAUGUGGCGAGAAAAGUAUGCAAACAAUGUGGUGGGCUACCAUUGGCUCUUAAGGUUGUUGCUUCAAGCAUUUGUCCAAGAAACCAAGACAGAGGACUUUGGGAUCAGUGGCACGAGUUUUUGAAAGGAGCUCACCCCGCCCAAUGUCAGCCUGGUGCAGUCUCUGACUUUCACAGAAAAGUGAUAAAGACACUCCAGAGAUCCAUUGAAGCUCUUGCCGAGAUAGACCCCUCAGGCUGUGUCAUGGAUAUGUUUCUGGAUCUCGCUGGCUUUCCAGAAGACGAACGAGUGUCACGUGAUUUGGUCGAAGCACAGUGGUCCAUCUAUCCUUCUUGCGGAGACUACGGAUUGGAAACAGCUAGGGAGAGGUUGAACGCAAUGGUCAGCUUGUCCUUGGUGGAAGCCCACGGUGACUCAUAUGUGAGCUUACAUGAUAUGAUUCGCAAAGCGGCACUUGAUAUGAUCAACUCAGUCUCAGCACCAACUGUUACAUUAGGAGGGAUGAGCCGUGGAGGAGGAUCAGUAGAGUGCGCGAAUGGAUUCAGACAGCGACUAUUUUUGCUGGAUCGUUGCCCUCCUACCGAUAGUACCGAAGAAGCAGAAAUUCAUGAAUCCACAAGGAAAUUUAUGUUAAGUACGUCAAGUGGCUCCACCGAGGAAGACAUUCCAGAUUCUUCGUUGGAAAUGCCACACUUGGUGAGUUUCUACUGGUCUUGGCCCCGUGAAGUGCUAUUCUUUGUUGAUGAAAAUGAGGAGGAUGCACAUCUAUCACUUGGGGAAAACUCAUUGGAGCGUGGGCGAGAAUUUCUGCAGCAAGUAACUUCUAGCAGCCCGCUGCAGAUCAUGACAUUACUGAACUUUCCAAAGCCAAGCGUGCUGCCACAUGACUACUUCUCAUCCUUUCUGAACCUCCGGGUGCUGUGGGUGGAGUUCUUUGGCACAUCCUCCGAUGAAGAAUUCCCUUGCUCGAUCAGACACCUGCGAAAAUUGGAGGUACUGGUAAUUGACUUCAGUUGCAAUGCUGCAGCAUUUUCGGCGAAGCUUUCCAUUAGCCCAGAAGCCAUUAGCGAACUCCGCCAGUUGAGAGUGCUGAGAAUGUGUGGAGUUGCAUUUCUCAAAGGUAGCGAGACUGGUAAUGGGGUGUUGCCGUUUCUGCUAAGCUCACCAUGUCUGCAGGACUUUUCCAUAAGUUUAUCCGAUACCGUUUCUUUGUCUGAUCAAGAUAUCCCCUCCAGCAUUGGGAAUUUGACACGUCUCCGUUCCAUUAAAUUGGAGGGCUCGUACUGUCUCAAAGAGGUUCCCCCGGCAAUAGGGUGCCUGACAAAGCUGGUGAAGCUAAGUAUCAUCAAUUCAUGGGAUCUCAGAAGUUUGCCUGUCACGAUUGGAUUGUUAUCAUCCCUCACACGUUUGGAGAUUCUAUCCUCCAAACUUGAGUCCAUCCCUGAUGACAUUGGUGACCUCCAAAGUCUCGUUCACCUUUCCAUCAAAUCGGCCAGAUUACGGGCAGUGCCACCAGCUGUUGGACGUCUUUCACGUCUGACUUCUCUGGACCUCUCAGACUCGUUGCAAUUUGUCGAGUCCAUUCCUGAAGCUUUCUGGGUUCUGACUCAGCUUCGACAACUAAGCUUGGAACGUUCUGGACUUCGCUGCCUGCCGGAGGAGAUUGGGAAUUUAACAGAGCUUAGGGAAUUGAAUCUGAGUUUUUCUGGUUUUAGAUCCCUGCCUUUAUCAAUCGGCAUGCUAUGCAUGCUAACUCGCCUCAACCUCUCGUCGUCAUUUUUUCUCUGCGACUUGGGCAUGGGGAUUUCAGGUCUGAGCAGUUUGAGGUGCUUGAGCCUUCAAUAUUGCACGUCCCUGACAUUCCUGUCGGACGGCAUCUGCAAACUUGGAAAUCUGACUCGCCUCAACCUUAGUGGCUGUUCGACGCUGGCUUCCUUACCUGACGAAAUGGGGUGGUUGUCACAGCUGAGGGUGUUGAAUUUGCAGUACGCCCAGUCAUUGGAAUCGCUUCCUGAUUCAGUGAGCAACUUGGGUCGCUUGAUGGAGCUCAACCUGUCAAACUGCACCAGUCUUACGAAGUUGCCAAGAAGCAUCCCAAACCUGAAAGAACUGAAACUGAGCCUCCAUGGCUGUGCAAGACUUCGAAAUCUUCGGGAAAGUUUGAUACAAUUGUUGAGACUUCGAGAUCGUUCAAAAUGCCCAAAAAAGACGCCCAUGGAAACCAGUGCUCCUCACGAAUCAGAGUUUCUGGAGGCCUACGAUAACGGUCGUCAUCCGGAAAGGCUCAAGCGGGUAAGGAAACUUCGAGAUUUCGCAAGAGCUGGCGAUCCUUUCGCCAACCUCAAUCUACUGGAUGAGUUGUUUGGGCUAGAGAAUAAGAGAAUGAAUUGAGCAUCCAUUCCUAUUGUGUCCCAGAACUAUGCUAAUAUGGCCACAUGGUGGGAUAAAAUAUGGCGAUGGCUGCAAUCUAGAACAAAUCUAGCAAAAUGAG